ACCAUUGAUUCCGACAGCUUCACCGUAAAAAACUCUGUCCGGUUCGCUGGUCCGCUUGCCACAACAUCCAUUGGCACCAACGCAAAGUUCGAAAUUCGAAGUCCUAAACGCGUCCAGAUCAAGUUCGAGUAAGGUGUUAUGGGAACUCCUCAGCUAACGGAUUCAAUUGAAAUCCCGGAAUUCUUCGAGAUUCUUGGCCAGAAAAUCGACCUCAACCCCAUUAGAGGGUUACUUACAUCCGUCCAAGACACAGCUUCUUCAGUGGCUAGAACCAUUUCGAGCCAACCACCAUUGAAGUUCUCUUUGCCUGGAGACAACGCUCAGUCGUGGACCCUUACCACAUAUCUUGACAAAGAUAAAGACCUUCGGUUCUCAAGAGGUGAUGGCGGAAGCGUCUUCUUGCUCAUCAAAGAAGAAAGCUCUCUCUUAAGCCCUUAA